UGCCUCGCGACUCGCCGAACAACAUACAUAAUGGCUCAUUUGCCAAGAGAUAUAAAAACACUUUCGGUACGAAUUUUUCGGACUCUUUAGACGACCAUAUCGUGGAGACAUCGACGCCAAUACUGCUGCUGCCGACGCGGCGAUCGACUAUUCCAUUUGAUUUAGGACACGGCAUAGUACAAGUACUCUGAAAAACAUGAAGUUUGCCGUGUUCACGUGUCUCAUGGUCCUGCUCGUUGUGCAACAUUACCCUCUCGUCCAAUGUAAAAAAAUGAACAUAGAAGAAUUAAAAGGAUUCACAAAGCCGCUUACCAAGACGUGCAAGACGAAAACUGGAAUCAGCGAAGCAACUCUAGCACAGAUUGCAAAAAGAGAGUUUCCACCUGAUCCAGUGCUCAAGUGUUAUUUCAGAUGUAUCGCGCAGAUGGGCAAAAUGAUGGAUAAAAAAGGUAAUCUUAUCCUUGAAAAUAUGAUAAAGCAAGUUGAGCUGUUGAUUGUUGAUGACAUUUCACCUCGAGUUAAAAGUGUUUUCACAGAAUGCUUCGGAGAAAUGACGGCAGAAGAGUCAUGCCAGUUGGCUUUUGAUUUUAUCAUGUGCAUUGAACGCAUAGAUCAAGAGUUGAACAUAAUUGUAUGAAUAUUGUUCAUUCCGAAAUAAAAUUGGUGAUAUUUUUCCUGCAACUAACCGACAAUUUCAAAUUUCAAAUACGAUUCAUAUUUGUUAAUAAUGAAUAAUUAAUAAAAAGAGAGGUCCAUUAAAACUGUAUGAGUGCGAUGAUAGUGUACAUAUUAAGAAUAAUCAAAUGUAAAAAUACAUGAAUUUUUUUUACGUAUUGAUAAAACAAAUUUGUAAUAUUAAAAUAUUCUUAUUCGUUAAAAGAGUGGGUUUGAGUGAUUUACAUUAUCAACGGUUACUUUUCAAAGUUUAAAAAAAUGUUGAAUUGUUGUAACGAAUGAGAUUUUUAUCGGAUUGAUAGAAAAAAAUUGUGAUAUUUUCAAUCGAAGAGAAAACAGAUCGAGUAAACAAUUGGAUUUUUUAAUUGAUUUUAAUAAAUUUAUGUAAUUACAUACGAAUUUACAUUUGUUCAACGAAUUUAAUAUGUUUUAUUGGAAAAUAAUAAAAAUUAAGUUUUCAUUAAAAAA